GGGGCGAGGGCUACCCCAGGCAACCCCUUCCUAGACAGCCCUGCUUGAUCCUUAAUGAGCAGCAAGAGCCAUGUAAUUCCCCUCCUGCUGACACCACCACCCCAUGGAUUACCUCUGGCUCAGUGAGCAUUAGCAGUCUGGGGCAGGGAGGCUCUGCCCAGCCGGCCCCAUGCCCUCAGAGGGGGAAGCAGAUGGCUGCAGGCCGGAGUGGGCUCCCGCUUUUGUGCAGCCACAUCCCUCCACCUUCAGUCCUCCCUCCUGCCCGGCACGGAGCUCCUGCGACCGCAGGCUGGAGGCAGAGAGGAGAAUGCUGGAGAAGAUUCAGAAGAUGCUCAUGGUUCGUAGCCCGACCGUCAGGGAGCUGCUGGCAGAAGCACUGGGGAUGUACAUCCUGAUGGUCUUUGGCUUGUCUGCUGUGGCACAAGUGGUAUUAGGGAGAGGAGAAUUUGGGCAGUAUCUGAGCAUCAAUUUGGGAUUUGGCAUUGGAGUCACCCUGGGGAUCCAUGCAGCUGGAGGAAUCUCUGGAGCUCAUCUGAAUGCUGCCAUCACCAUCACACACUGCAUUUUAGGAAAUCUCCCCUGGAGAAAGCUUCCAGCUUAUCUGCUCGGCCAGUUCCUGGGCUCCUUUCUGGCAGCAGCCACCGUCUUUGGCACCUACUAUGAUACUCUGUAUGACUACACCAAGGGGAACUUCACGGUGACAGGACCAACUGCCACAGCGUCGAUCUUCUCCACUUACCCUCAUCCCUGUACAUCCUUGCUGGGAGGCUUCUUCGCAGAGUUUAUGGCGACGGUGAUGUUGCUCUUGGGCAUUCUGGUCAUCCACGAUGAGAAAAAUAACGGAGCCCUGAAAGGCACACAGGCCCUGCUCACGGGUAUCCUGGUCCUAGGCAUCGGUCUGGGGAUGGGAAUGAACACAGGCUAUGCCAUAAACCCCUCCCGGGACCUGCCCCCAAGGAUCUUCACAGCAAUUGCUGGCUGGGGAGUGGAUGUCUUCACGGCUGGAAAUUACUGGUGGUGGAUCCCAGUCACAGCUCCAACACUGGGAAGCCUUGUUGGUAGUUUAGUCUACAAACUAUUCAUUGAUUUUCACAAUCAAUCUGUCCCAGAAAGUGGAAAUGAGAAAGGACAGCCAGCUAUAGAGACUUCUACGCUGUGAUGGCCACGUGCUCCCAGGAAAGGGCCUGACAGCAAAGUCGAGGUGGACAUACACACUGACAGCCAAAGGGUAACCAAGUGGGUAAGGGCAUGUGCAACGGCACUGCUGGAGCACACACUUUUCUCACCCUGCAUGUGGAGAAAUGAGAGAGUAGCUUACAAUAAAUCCAUUCUGCUUAACCAGACAAACGGGGUCUCUAAGAAACUGGGCAGACCUGAGUAGGCUAGAGCUGUCUAUGACCUGAGGAAAUUAUUCAAUCUCCCUGAGUAAAAAUCUACCAAAAAAAAAAAAAAAUCACAUUCUGGAGAAAAAGCAGAGCUGCAAGACUUCAGUUACCUGUAAGUUCACAGCAAUCAAAAUACAAAAUCCAACAGGGUUGGAAUAAAAAUUAGAUCUACACAGUGGCAGAAACAACUUAAUUGAAGAAAUUUUGAUCUGGACUAUUCUUUUUGUAAGAGAUAGCAGAUACUACACUGAUGAAUCAGGAGCUUAUCAGUUUGCUAAAUCUGGCACUGUAUCUAUGAUCCCCUUUGUUAGAACACAGAGAAGAGAAAGGACAGUCUGAAAAAGAAACCUGGUGGGUGUUAUUUUUUUAAUUUUUUAAUAAUUUGUUUUCUUUUUGGUCUAAAUAUUCAGGAAGCACUAGCAAAUUAGUAAAUUACAGGGUCUCCUGAAUCCUGGUAUGACCUGCUGGAACAGGCUAAGAUAUGUUUUGUGCUAUGCUGGUGUGAUGGAACCACGUGUGUUACC